UUCUCUGUGCGUCCGUCGGAUAAAGGCACUGUCGGCUGUGGUGAGAGGGAUUUGUUGUGUUAUGGCUGUUGAAGAUAUUUGGAAUGCAAUUAUAGUACAGGAUACAUGCAAUUACAUUUUGUGGGGGUUUAUUGUAGGUUAUUUUCUAUCAUUCCAUUUGGAUAUUGGAAAGUAAAUUAGGAAGGCUCUUGUUUUGCAGCAGGGAGAGGGAUGCAUUGUUGUUAUGAGCUGAUGUUUAUAUGAUGUUAACCUGCCAAAUUGUGUUAUAUUUGAUUAUUUUACAUAUUUACUAGCUGCUUAGUGCAUUAUAUUGAUUUAUGGAUCAUAGGUAAUAAAAAGCAAACAAUAUAUUUAGUUACUUUUGAAAAGGUCACGAGUAAUAUGCCCAAAGGAAUACAUACCAAGGUGAAAAAGUGACUCACUUACUUGUUCUCUUACCUAACAGUCUUCACACAGCUCCUCUAUGAUUAUUCCCUAUUCACUGCCUCUAUUGUAGAUCAGCUGUGAAGCCUGUGAGCAGCCAGCCGGUGGGCAGAGACCGUCUGGGGCUCAGGCUGGCUUUAAGAGAGCGGCUUGCACAGAAGGAGCAGAGCACAAAGACAGAUUUCAGUCUGGCUUGGUGAACCUGCACUCCUGUUUUUUUGUAUCUCUCAGUCCUUUGUGCGUGGGCGGAAAUAUGGUCGUGUGAAUUCUGACAGUGGAUGUCAUGUCCUGCUGAUUGAGUGCUUAUGUGCAGUGGCUCAGCUUUCAUAGAAGCACCACCUGGGUGGAGCUAGCGAUGGGAACUCUCACAUUGCUGGAAUGUUUUGCUUGCUCUCGGCGAAUGCGCUGGCUGCCACGCCCUCUCCGCCUUGUGAGGCCCUUCCAGCGAAUCCGCUGUCACCCUGAGACAGCACCACGUCGCUGGCAAUUCCCUCGAAUCAACGGUCACUCGAAAUCCGAGCGCACUGCGAGGGACUCAGCCAUGGGUUACGACAGCGCCUCAGUAAUGAGCAGCGAGCUGGAGUCCAGCUCAUUCGUUGACAGUGAGGAAGACGAGGAUGCCAGCAGGCUCAGUAGCUCCACAGAACAGAGUUCUUCCUCACAGCUGAUGCGCAGACACAAGCGCCGCAGACGGAGACACAAAGUGGCCAAAAUAGAUCGGUCUUCGUCCUUCAGCAGUAUCACAGACUCCACUAUGAGCCUCAACAUCAUCACCGUCACGCUCAACAUGGAGAAAUACAACUUUUUAGGUAUCAGUAUUGUCGGUCAGAGUAAUGACCGGGGAGACGGCGGCAUCUACAUCGGCUCCAUCAUGAAAGGAGGUGCUGUGGCUGCUGAUGGAAGAAUAGAGCCUGGAGACAUGCUGCUCCAGGUGAAUGACGUGAACUUUGAGAACAUGAGCAAUGACGACGCGGUGAGGAUCCUCAGAGAGAUUGUUUCCAAAACCGGUCCUAUUAGUCUUACUGUUGCCAAAUGUUGGGACCCGUCUCCACGAAGCUACUUCACCAUCCCUCGUGCUGAGCCUGUUAGACCCAUUGACCCAGCAGCCUGGAUUUCACACACCACAGCUCUGACAGGACCGUACCCCCACUAUGGUAAAAACAACCAACCACCACCUUCAUCACACUCUAUGAAGCAUCCAUUUUGUGAGUUUGAUGACUUGCCUUUAUCUGCAAGUAAAACCGACAUGGCAACCAUCGUGAAGGUGAUGCAACUGCCUGACUCAGGGCUGGAGAUUCGAGACAGGAUGUGGCUGAAGAUCACCAUCGCCAAUGCCGUUAUUGGUGCUGACGUGGUGGACUGGCUUUACUCCAGAGUAGAAGGAUUUAAGGACCGGCGGGAUGCAAGGAAGUACGCGAGCAGUCUGCUGAAACAUGGCUACCUGAGACACACGGUCAACAAGAUCACCUUCUCCGAGCAGUGCUACUACACCUUCGGCGACCUCUGCCAAAACAUGGCCUCACUCAAUUUAAACGAGGCAUCGAGCGGUGGUGGUUCUGAGCAGGACACUCUGGCACCGUUACCCCCCACAAGCAACCCCUGGCCCCUGGGCGGGCAGCCAUUCCCCUACCCUCCCUUUCCCUCCGCACCCCCCAGCUUCCCACCAGGAUAUUCGGACCCAUGCCACAGUUUCCACAGUGGGAGCGCGGGCAGCCCGCACAGCGAGGGAAGCCGAAGCAGUGGAUCCAACCCCAGCGCAGGCAAAGGUAGACGCUCCUCCCCACAGGAAAAGGGUCAAAGGUCAACAUGCAGUGAAUCAGAGCCCCGCGUCCGUGGAGGGAGGCGCGGUGAUCGGUCCGCCAGCCAAAUGAGCCAUCACAGCCAUGCCGUCUCCAGCCACAGCCACGCCGUCUCCAGUCACAGCCACGCCGUCUCCAGCCACAGCCACGCCGUCUCCAGUCACAGCCACGCCGUCUCCAGCCACAGCCAUGCCCGGUCCAGCCUCAGUCACAGUCAGUCACACAGGAGUCAACCUCACUCGCAGAACAGCCACCCCUCCUUCACCUACAGCCACGCCCCCUUCACCCAGCCAGGGCCAGGCUCAUGUGCCCACAGCGAGCGAAGCCAUGCCUCCUCCUACGGCCCUCCAGGCUUGCCUCCCUCUUAUUGUUUGUCCCGUCUGGCCCCCAAAACCUCUGUCAGCAGCAGUACGCCUCCCGGAGCCCCUCCUGGAAGGGAGUUAGCAUCCGUUCCUCCUGAGCUCACCGCCAGUCGCCAGUCCUUCCAGCAUGCUAUGGGCAAUCCCUGUGAGUUCUUUGUUGACAUCAUGUGACAGGACAGUGCCUUUAAAACUGCUCCAGCACAAAAACUAUUCUCCUCGAACCCCGAGUCCACCCCUUCUCUCUUUUUCCUCUCAAUCUUUUGCCUCUGACCAUCUCAAAGUUCAGAAUGUAGACACUGACCAGCCCUCUACCUUCCCUCCUGCUAUCUUGUCUGUUCGUCUGAUGUCCAAGCAAAGGAAUACAGGCAGCAAGAGCACAACAGAGGGGAAAGUUUCUUACUCACACAAGCACGGGUCCUCUGUGGCUGAAAACCCUUUUGUAUUGACGUGACGUGUACAGUGUGUGAAACGUGAGUUGUAUUCAGUGUGGUGAUUCUUUAACGCUGCCACGUAGACAUUCUGGGGAGUGUGUACUCUACCUGGAAUAUUUUCUGUCCUGCAAGACCUUUAAGCUGGCUGGGCCUGGAUCUCAAUCCCCCAGACCCAGGCCUACACCUACAGCCCGCACUUAGGAACAUUUCUCGGGUCCUAGAACUUGGGAUUGAUCCCCUGACUCAUAUCUGUGCGUACAGAUCGAAUUUCGCACGUUACAACAAACCUCUGGCCCCAUUUCCUUUAUACUGUGGCAUUACCACAGGCUUAUUUAAGCUCUUACCUGCCAACUACUAAAAAGCUAACCUUGAUGAGUUCAAGAUCCGUGGAUUUGUUCAAUUUCGUAAGGGAGCCCUGUAGCCAGCCGUUAGUUUAAUUAGGCUGCAUAUUGCAUGACUGUCUCAACUGCUUUAAAGAAACAAAAUUUUAUGAAUACAUUUUGUUUAAAUUAUUACCAUUAUUAGGGGGAGGGGUUUACCUCUUGCCAAUGUUUUAAAGGAAAAAUCCGUACACUGGAUGAUUUUUGUGAUGUUAUUUAUGUUGCAUUGAUGAUGUCAUGCAUUGUCUACUAAGGUUGACUGAGAGACAAUCAGACAUCACCCCUUGUGAAUCAGUGGCCAGUUUCUACUGUCCUAGCUGUUAUUUGUCGAAUGUAUCAUUAUUCCUGUCGGCAAUUAAACCCAGACAUUCAUAACACUUUGGUUUAAACACAUAUAAGUAAGUAAAUCAACUUAAAACAGGAUUGCAAACAGUGGACACCACAGCAGAAUCAAAGUGUUAAAAGCAUCAUGGUAGUCUCCUUCGUAGCGAGUGUUCGCUUUGAUAAGUCAGUGUGAUUAAUGCCAAAGCAUCACAUGUUGUGGUGAAUGUUUCUUCCUUCUGUGAGCUGUGGCUGACCUCUUUAUGAUUGUCAUCUGACACUUCUCAUUUGAAGAGUUCAAAGGGACUUCUAGGGGAAUCCAGGCCUUUAAACUCUCUUCUCUUUGCAAAAUAAUGGCAAAUCCCUCUUGUUUCUACCUAACAUUUAGUUACAAGAUGGAAAUGACAAAGUUUAAUGAGAACUUUUUCAUUUGUAUCUCCCUCCCCUUGGUAUGAAACACUGUUUGCAAUCAAAGCUUUCUCUGUAAUUUUGUUUCUUUACAAAAGAAGAAUAAAUUGUACAUAGAAAUUUAUUAUAUAUAUGAAUAAAAUAUAUAUGUUCAAAAUGA